UCGUUCUACAAAGAAGUUGAUGUACUUUCUAAUUGACCUCUCUAUGAGAAAUAAUGAGAGCUUCGUACUGCUGGGAGUAUAUAGAGGUUAUUAAACGUCUAGACGAGUACAUAUGGUGGGUAUACCUCGGUAAAGCAUUUUCCCUUGGAGACAGGCGGGAGUCAUACUCUAUUCCUCCACGCUCAGACAGGCGGUAGGAAAAGUUUAAGUGGAAUUAAAUAAUACCAUUAGUAAGCGAUUGUCAAAUUAGGGGUCUAAUUUCAUUCGAACGUUUGGCACUAGUCCAACAAUAUGGCGUGCAUAUUUACUAGUUUCGAUCAAUUCAUGGUCAUAAAGAAGUACUUGGCACAUUGUCAAGUGAGGUAGUGAGGUGGGGAACGGCCUACAGCGUCUCUUCAGUUGUCUCCCCUACAUCGUCGCCACGGUGUCGCAAAGCGGGAAUGGUCAUCGAAGUGUUUAGGCUCGCGUCGGCCACGAGGAAUUAAUUUAUUUCCGAUUGAGGAGAUAGUGAUGUCAUUCUUUUAGCACAACGCGAGCAAGGCAAAAUGUUAUUGUUUGGAAUCUAAAAAUAGCUCUAUCUAAUUCGGACUGGUGACGUCACCUUGGAAGGCAUUAUCUUGAACUUUGGUUUAUUCUGAUUAAAUAUUAAUUUCAAACUUACCAAAAAGGAUACAUUAUCGUUGAUAAAUAGUCAACAAUCAAUAUUUUAAGGAAAAGAAAUUUUUCGCAGCUGAAUUUCGAAUUAUUUCGUUUAUUUUCCGCUGAAACCAUUUGCUUCGAGGCUUGAGCGGAGAAAUACCACAACACGUCUUGGCCCCAGCUGAUCGUAGUAAAAGCGUGUCUGCCAUGACGAUGGCGAGCAGUGUGGACGUGCACGAGUCAACGGCGUUGACCACGGCAGCAUUUAUGCAGGAGCUGGGCGACUUGGACGACCUGACACUGGUCAAGGCGACUUAUGCCGCCCUGGAGAGCGGGCGUCUCACUCCUCUCCUGAAGGAAGAGCUCAGAUGCCGAAUACAAAGUCGCCGACUCUCUGAAGGGAAAGACGAGCUCAUGGUCGAGUUCACGGCUCCCACCAAAGACGAGCCCCGCCCCGAGGAAGUGGCCAAGUUGGACAGGCGCAGGGAGCAGAAUAGGCGAGCGGCUCGCAAAUUCCGGGAAAAGAAGAGAAACAAAACUGACGUUCUCAUGCAGGAGACUCAUCGUCUCGAAGCCAGUAACGACACCCUACGGUCAGAGAUCUCCGAACUUGGCAAAGAGCGGACCAGAUUACUAGCUGUCCUCACUGAGCAUGCGCAGCUAUGUCACAUGACCAAGGUGGACAAUCCACCACCCUGACCUCUACGCCCAAUAGCACCCAUCGAUAAGGUCACGUGGAUCUAUUCACUCAUCGCUCAUUGGUCAGUCAUCUGUCACGUGUCAUCUCCUUGUGUCAAAGACAACCUUCACCCUGACAGAAACUUCAUCAGAUGAUGCAGCGUCAGGCCUCCGUGUCACUGCCCGGCCUAGUUGAGAUGUAUUUGCAGGGUUCUUGUAGCAUGGCAGCAUGCCCGUCAACAAGAAAGUUUAUAAACAACGACGCAUCUCAUAUAGGGACACAAUAACGUCGUCGUUUUCAACGCAGUUUAAUCUUCCCGAGUUACGACUAAAACACAAUGUCCAAAAUCUGACAUUAAAGACCCCAUUUAAUAAGAAUUUCAAACCAUUUAUGCAGAUAUCAUGAAUUUGAUGUUUUAUUAUGUAUAUGAAGGUUCAACCUGACCAAUCAUUUAAUAGAUGUAUGUACAGAAAUCUUGAUUGUUAUAACUGUCAAUUUAAGUGUAUAUACGAAGAUAUGGUCUAUUCUGUACAAAUAUUAUUUGACGCUCAAAUGGACAAUUCGUUAUCUUGUUAUAUUUCAAAUUUGAAUCAUAAAUGGCAUGUUUUAGGUCUAUGCGUGAUUCGAUUAUUACCCAAAAAUGUAUCAACUGAAACAACACGAUUCACUUAACAUGUAUCAGUAAACAAUUCCUAUUGUUGUGUUCUUUUCAAUCGCUCACAAUCUAAUAAGGAUUUGAUAUUUGACCACAGCCAAAUGAUAAAACUUUUUACUUGCGUUAUAUAUGUAAAACUGUUUUGUGUUUUAUGGACCGAGGAACAAAACAUAUCCGUCAUUAAACCGGAAGUCACGUGGAUUGUUUCCUAUAAUCAUAACGAGCAAUGCCAUAAAAAUAACCUUUUGGAAUAAUGGAAAAUAAUUUCACAAUAUAUAUGUGUAUAUUGUGUAUCGUACAGCCAGCUGUUGCUCUUUUAAUAUUUCUAUAUUUCAAGAACACAAAAAGAGGUUUUAAUUAUAGAUAUAAGAAGUACUGUUUGUGUUCCUUAUUGCGUACUGGGAGUAUUUACACCAUGUUGUACAGACGUCCAUAGCUUAUCAUAGUGUAGUACAUUACAUUUUUCUAGAUGUUAGAAACACCGACAGUGCUUGUAGGCGUAACUGAUUGCUUUAACUACAAAUGCAGAUAUGUUAAUUUCUUUUCCUGACUAUAUGAUGAUCGUUCAAGCUAUUAUCAACAUCUGUCCACGCAAAAUAAUUGUAUCCGGAAAAGAAAUGUAUCUGUCAUUAUUAUUAGUCUGGUGAUGUCACAUGGUCAAAGUGACACGCUAUGAAUGGAGACCCGUAGGAGGUUUAUUUCCAUUCGUCAUCGCACGUUGAUGGCAUGAAAUACCAGGUGUAAUUAAUUCGAAUGUUUAUCAGAUAGAUCCAUGAAGUCAUUAAUUAACGUGACGUCAGCAUGCAUCUAGUAGUUAAACACGACGUCACUACUUAUCAUGUCACGUGUCAUAUAACACCAUGACGUCACUUUGAUCAUGAGACUAGAAACGCCAUGUCGUCACUACGUGUCAUUCGAAUGGUAGCGUUACGUUUUAUGUGACAAGAAACACCAUGACGACACUUGGUUUAUGCGACUAGACACGCAUUGCCCUAACUACGUGUUACUCGACUGGUAGCUCUACGUGUUAUGUGAAAAGUAACGCCAUGACGUCACUUCUUGUUCUGAUACUAGUAACGACAUGUAGUCAUUACGCGUCAUGUAACUGUUAAAGUCUUUAGGUACUACACGUGUCAUGUAACUGGUAAAGUCUUUAGGUACUACACGUGUCAUGUAACUGGUAAAGUCUUUAGGUACUACACGUGUCAUGCAGCUAGUUACGGUGUGAACUCACCGUGUAUCGUAUUAUUCAUAACGCCUCGCAGUCAUUACGUAUCAUGCUGCUGGAAACGUCAUGUAGUCACUGUGUGUAGUGAACAUAAUGACACUUUUGGACUAGUUAGUAACGCCACGUGUCACAUGACUGAUAACGCUACGUGUCAUAUGACCAGUAACGCUACAUGUCAUGUGACCAGUAACGCUACAUGUCAUGUGACUAGUACUGCUACGUGUCAUGUGACCAGUAACGCUACAUGUCAUGUGACCAGUAACGCUACAUGUCAUGUGACAAGUAACGCUACGUGUCCUGCGACUGGUAAUGCUACGUGUCCUGUGACUAGUACUGCUACGUGUCUUGUGACCAGUAACGCCACAUGUCAUGUGACCAGUAACGCUACGUGUCCUGUGACUAGUACUGCUACGUGUCCUGUGACCAGUAACGCUACAUGUCAUGUGACUAGUAACGCUACAUGU